GGGGUUCAGCUUCGAUCUGUUGAACCCAAAAGAGAGGAAUUCCUGCUUUUCAUCUUCUGCAGAAGCGAACAAAACGUCAUAUAGAAAGACGUGGCAAGGUUGCAUUUUCAUGUGGCGGGGGAUGACUGAAUCGUAAUUUCGAGAAACCCAUAAGUUCCUUUCACGCGAGUUGUAUGGCCACAAUGUCCAUGCUUAGAAGCUACCCUCUCUGCCAUCCUUAUCCCCUCUCUAAACCCUACUCUCGGAUCCCUCUCUCCAGGUCUCUCUCAGUUGUUUCUUCAAAGUUGUCUGUGUUGUUAGAUGGAAGGGAGUGAAAUUACGGAGCAAAACCAAGUGAAGAAGAAAAUAUUUGUGGCUGGGGCUACUGGUAGUACCGGCAAAAGAAUCGUGGAGCAGCUGCUGGCUAGGGGUUUUGAGGUCAAGGCUGGAGUUCGUGAUUUGGACAAAGCUGGAACGAUCCUUUCCAAAGACAACCCAUCUCUUCAAAUUGUUAAAACGGAUGUAACGGAGGGGGCUGAAAAGCUUGCUGAAACAAUAGGUGAUGAUUCACAGGCUGUGAUAUGUGCCACCGGCUUUCGGCCUGGUUGGGAUUUGUUUGCUCCUUGGAAGGUUGAUAAUUUUGGCACAGUCAAUCUUGUUGAAGCAUGCCGCAAGCUUGGUGUCAAUAGAUUCAUUCUUAUUAGCUCUAUUUUGGUGAAUGGUGCUGCAAUGGGGCAGAUAUUAAAUCCAGCUUACAUCUUUCUCAAUGUUUUUGGACUCACUUUAGUGGCAAAACUUCAGGCAGAGCGACAUAUCAGAAAAUCUGGUAUAAACUACACAAUAAUUAGGCCUGGUGGGCUGAGAAAUGAGCCCCCAUCUGGAAGUGUUGUUAUGGAGCCUGAGGAUACUCUUUAUCAAGGUUCCAUAUCUAGAGAUCAAGUUGCAGAAGUUGCUGUUGAGGCGUUAAUCCUUCCAGAAUCCUCGUGUAAAGUUGUAGAGAUAGUUUCUCGGGAUGAGGCUCCUAAACAGCCAUAUAAGAAUCUCUUUGCUUCCAUUAAGCAGACAUGAACUCAAGUUCGAAUGCAGUCAUUUUAUGUUCCUUCCUGCUGAUACUUUGGCAAAAGUAAAGUGCUCCUGUGUUUUGUAAAUUUAAUAAAAGUGUGUCCAAGGGAAGUUUCUCUUAGAUGUUUUUCGGAGAUACAGUUUCAAAGCACUUUGUAGUCGCAUACGGAGCCUUGUUCCAACAUACAGUCAUUUUUUCUGAUU